AUGCCGCAGUCCCCCGGGUCGCUCCUUUCCGGGCUCGGGCUCGUGCGCGAGCACACCCGGCCCCUGACGGACAAGGACCGAAAGAAGCUCUUCCCGCCGGAGAUGCCCGCCGCCCAGGCGGUCCUCGAGGAGCAUCUGGCCACGCUGGCCGGCGGCUCGUCGUCCUCCUUCGCCUCCUCCUUCUCGUCGCUCUUCUCGUCGUCCUCCUCCUCCUCGCUCACGUCGUCUUCCUCCUCCUCCUCGCUGUCGACCGCCGGUGCUCGUAGCCCCGAUCCGCCAUCCAGCAAGAAGGACUCCACCACCCCGUCCAAGAGUGGUCGCUGGCUGCGCCUCGGCAGCAGCAGCAGCAGCAGCAGCAGCAGCAGCAGCAGCAGCAGCAGCAACAAUGGCGCCCAGGCAGCAGCCGCCCCUGUGCCGCCUGUGACUCCCCCCGCCCCGGCCACCCCGCCGGCGGCCGGAGCUCUGAGCCCCAUCCCCACCGGCACCGCCACCUCGCCCACCUCGCCGCAGGCCCCGCCCGGGGGCGCCCCCCCGCGCCAUCAUCAGCCCUUCCCCGUGCUGCCCCCCACUCGCGGGGUGUAUCUCGGCGAGCGCUACGGCGACUUCACCGAGCUCGGCUGCCUGCCGUCCGGCUCCUUCGGGCCGCUGGCCAUGCCGCUGGACCACCUGUGCCCGCACCCGGCCUUCGGCCAGCCCGGCCGCGGGGUGGACCUCCUGCGCCAAAGCAAGGCCGAGUACAAGUGGAUCAAGGAGCGCCUCGGCCACAUGGCCAAGACCCCGCCGAGCCGCAUCCAGAGCGGCGUGGCCUCCCUGCGCAUUCUCGGCCUGUGCGACCUGACCCCCGGCGUGUCGGUGUGUGUCAUCACCCGCGAGGUGUGCACCUGUGAGCGGCCGGUCGGCAGCCUGGCCUCGCCGCUGGUCGGCGCCGAUGCCGUCCUCAGCCUGCCCUCCAUGUAUUACAUCCACUUCUUUCACCCGUGGCUGCCCUCGGGCACCCCCUGGUUCCGCGUCCCCCUGGACCAGCGCUCGCACUUCCUCACCGGGGCCAGCAUCCGCAAGGCCUUCGAGGGGUCGGCCACCGACUUCGACCGGUUCCUGGUCCUGCGCUACAGCGCCCGGAUGUACUACCCCCCCUUCGACCCCGGCGUCCGCGAGGGGGUCUACUACUCCAAGUACCUGGAGUUCGCCACCGAGGCCGACGCCGAGCACAUCUUCUCUCUGGCCUCCUGGCUGAUGCCCUCGGCCCAGAUGGACCGUGCUCGUGCCGCCCGCGACAGCGUCAUCAUCUGCCAGGCCACCUGUCGGGCGUUCAUCCUCCGGCGGCGCUUCGUCCAGGCGGCCACCGCCGCGCGGCUGAUCCAGCGCGUGUGGCGCCGCUACAAGUCGCAUGUCCAGUGGCGUCGCAUGGUCCGGGCCACGGCGUUGAUGCAGCGCUUCGCACGGCGAUUCCUGGCCCGGCGGGCGGUGCGUGUUCGCCAGGCCCUGCGCCUCGGGCCCCGGCGCCAGGCCCUCCUGUCGGAGCUUUACGACACGGAGAGGCGCUACAUCGAGGACAUGAAGCUCCUGCGUGCGGUGUAUGUCGAGCCGGUGUGCCUGUUCCUGUCGCAGAUCCUCUCCUCGCGCGGGCACCUGGCGCGCUUGCUGCCGGCCCUGCACCCGGCUCGGGAGGGCCCCUCGCGCGAGGAGCGCGCCCGAUCGGCCAACGGCACGCGCGCCAUCGCCACCCUCCUGUCCAAGAAGGCCGCCCAAACCGGCAUGGCCGAUCUGCCCCUCAGCCAGCAGGAGGUCUUCGUGGUGCUGGCCUUCCGUGCCAUGCUGUCGGACUUGAUCAACCGCCACACCAGCUGGCUGGCCUCCAUCGAGCACCUGGCCACCCUGCAGUGGAAGCAAUUCGGCCUGACCGCCGCCGACGAUGGGGCCACCGCCCAGGAGAAUGACGCUCGGCUGGACGAAAUCGAGCGUCUGACCUCCAUCGCCGAGCAGUUCCACGACCUGUCCCUGGAGGAGCAGAACUCCGCCGGCCUGGCCCGGCGCGCCUUCGAUGACCUGUUCAUCUGCCCGGUCCAGCGCGCGCCGCGGUACAUUCUCCUCCUGUCGGACAUCGCGCGGUCCACCUGGCGCGCGCACCCCGACUCCAUGGCCAUGUCCAGCCUCAAGUGGGACCUGGCCUUCAGCCUGCGCCGGGUGAAUCUCAGCUCCAAGCAGGACGAGGCGCUGCACGCCUGGAACAGCAUCGAGGCCCUGUGGGGCAACAGCAAGGCCUCGCAAUUGCUCAGCGACAUGAUGAAAAAGGGCGCCAGCGGCCAUACCCCCUCCUUCGUGGCCAUCUACCGGGACUUGGUGGACCCGGGCGCCGGCCACCCGUCGGCCGGCAUCCGCCAGGCAGUGCGCACCGGCUUCCUGGCUGCCAGUGGGUAUCUGGCGGCGCCCGGGGCCGGGGCCGGGGCCGGGGGCGGGGCCAGCGGCGCCGGCAGCGCCGGCGGCCCUACCCCCCUGAUGCUGGUCAUCCACCAGGACAUCGAUGCCCUGGGCGCGCGGUCAUACUCCUUCGGCUCGGUGGCCGAGCGCGUCACCGGGGGCUUCCACAAUGACAUGCACUCUUCGGACCUGGUCAGCGUGGAGCUGUCGCUGGCGGCCAUCCUGCGCCGGGCCAGCCCCGAUGCGGGGAGCGUUUCGCCGACCGAGGUCAGCUCGGGCGCGAGUGGCACCGGCGGCAGCGGCAGCGGCCCGUCCACCCCGGGCGGCGGGCUCCGCCCCUCGCGACCCUCGGACUCGGCACUCAGUGAUUAUGCCGGCUCCCCGCCGCCCUCAGCCGGGGGCGGCACCGCCGAGCCCAGCAGCCCGGACCUGGCAUCGCCCACGGGCGCCGAGCUUGGCACCCAUGUGGCCCCGCUGGCCCCGGGGCCGGCCCUGACCCCGAGCCUGGCCUCCGUGCGGCCGGCCUGCCUGUGGACCUCGUCCGGGCAGUUUAGCGCCCUGGCCCCGCGGCCGAUCCCCACCGGGGCACAGAACGCCAGCCGCGCCCAGCUCCUGGCCUCCUGCUCCUUCCUGCUGGAAGCGGCCCCCGGGUCGUCGGGCGGCACCAUCAAGUGCCACUUCGCACUGAUGCCCUCCCGUUUGGUGUUCCUCUUCCGGCAGAAGGUCCCCUCCCGGAGGCUGAGCAGCCACCCCGGCUCGGCGGUCGCCAUCCCGGGGAAGCUCAUCAGCACGGUGACCCGGUCGCGGUCCGGCGGGGCCACCGGCCCGGGGGCCGACUCGUGGGAGGAGUUGCCGGCCGGGGGUGGCCCCCCGGCCGGGCCCUCGCGCGGCCCCUCCAGCGAGGAUCUCGCCGCGUCGACCCCCGGCACCGGCAGCACCACCCUGACGCGUGCCCCCUCCGGCACGGCCCUCUCGCGCAUUGGCAGCAGCUUCCGGCGCAUGAGCAAGAGCAGCGCCGGGGCCGGGCAAGACCGCGCCGGGGCGUUUGACGCCCCGGCGGCCGGCGGCUCGGCCGGGACGCCCGGCUCCGGGGCCGGCCUGGCCCCGGCAUCUGCGGCGCAGGCGCUGGCCGCCGCCGCCGGGGCCGGCGCCAACGACCCCGGCGCCUUCUCCGACACCUGCUGCACCGUGGUCCAGGCAUACGGGUGGAUCAGCCUCCGGGACAUGGUGGAGGUUUUCGCCCCGGGGUCCGCGGCGAAGGAGUCCUCCCGCGUGGGGGCCCCCCUCAUCCGGGCGGCCUCCUUCGCCGGCGGGGGUGCCGGGCCCGGUGGGCCGGGCCAUGGCCACGCCAGCCCCGGCGGGGGUGUCGGCGCUGCCGGGGCCACCGGCCCGGGCUUCGACACGGUGGACAUCACCUUCCGCAUGGCGCACUCGGAGGCGUCGGCCCUGACGGCCCUGGCCCAGGUGUCCACGCCGGAUAUCAGCCUCCAGGAGUCCCCCUGGGCUCUGCAUACCAUUCGCAUUCGGUCCAAGGCCCCGGCCGAGGGCGGCGACCUGUAUAAUGCUCUCAUCUCGGCCGGCGCGCCGGCGCGUGUGGUUGACGUGUGA